AUGCAUUUCCAGUACGCCACUUGUCCCGGUCCUGACGAGCUAAUCUCAUCCCGAAGUGACUGUGAAGUGAUCGAUAUCGUUUUAGGUAAAUCAGGCACGUGGCGCGAGUACUUCGACGAGGAGAUGAGGGCGCAGGCGCAGAGCUGGCCGGACAAGAACCUCGCCGACACCGACCUGCGCUUCCCGACACACUCGACGGAUCGCAUCCGAAACACCACAUCGCGCUCCAAAACACGCAUAGCUGACGUGGGGGAGAAGACCACCAGACUGAAGUGGGACUGGGCGGGUCACGUCUGCCGCAUGCAUCCGGAUAGGUGGGCUAGUAUAGCCACCAAGUGGAUGCCGCAAAAGAAGCCCGGACGUGGCUGGCCCAGACGGAGAUGGCGGGACGACUUAGACGCCUUCAUCAGUGGCUGGCCGGAGAAGGCACUACAACGGGAGUUGUGUAAAUCAGGGGGAGAGGCCUUUGCCCAGCAGUGGGACACUACAACAGGCUAA